AUGAGCAGAGCUGAAACGUCCAGGUUCUGGGUGGAAAAGCUCUGUGCCAGCUGCCUGCUUGGAUGCAGCCUGCAGAACAUUCUUGUCCCACAGCAGAGGCUCCCAGAAAGCGGGUCAGAAGACAUCGACAUCCUCCCGAAUGGACUGGCCUUCAUCAGCUCCGGGUUGAAAUACCCAGGAAUGCAUAGCUUUGCACCGGACAAGCCAGGUGAAUUAUUUUUGAUGGAUUUGAAUGAAGACAAUCCAAGAGCAGUUGAACUGAGAAUCAGUCGUGGUUUUGAUCUGGCAUCAUUUAACCCUCAUGGGAUCAGCACUUAUGUAGAUAAAGAUGACUCUGUGUACCUCUUUGUUGUGAACCAUCCACAUCACAAGAGCACAGUAGAAGUGUUUAAAUUUUCAGAAGAUGAUCGUUCUCUUUUACACCUGAAAACUGUUCGACAUGACCUUCUACCAAGUGUGAAUGAUAUAAUAGCUGUAGGACCAGACAGCUUCUAUGCUACCAAUGACCGCUACUUCUCUGACUUCCCCUUGUUAUUCUUGGAGAGGUUCUUGGGUUUGACUUGGACAAACGUUAUUUACUACAGUCCAAAAGAAGUUAAAGAAGUAGCAGAUGGGUUUUAUUCGGCCAAUGGAAUUAACAUCUCACCUGAUGGAAAGUACAUCUAUGUUGCAGAUGUCAUGGAUUCUUCGGUCCAUGUUCUGGAAAAACACUCUGACUGGAACCUCACCCGCGUGAAGAUGCUGCAGCUGGACACGCUACCUGAUAACUUAUUUGUUGACCCUCACACUGGAGACAUCUGGACAGGAUGUCAUCCCAAUGGGAUGAAGCUGAUCCACUACAAUCCUGAAGAUCCUCCUGCCUCUGAGGUGCUGCGUAUCCAGGACAUCCUGUCGGAGCAGCCGACGGUGACGCGCGUCUACGCGGACAGCGGCUCCGUGCUGCAGGGCAGCUCGGCGGCAGCGCACUACGAGGGGAGGCUGCUCGUGGGCACCGUGUUUCACAGAGCGCUCUACUGCGAGCUAUAG